AUGCUCCCGUGCAUCAAUUGUAUCAACUACAAAACAGUUUGCAUUUAUGAUUCAGAGACAUCUAAAAGUCGACAAAAUUACAAAACUCCUUCAAUUGUCUCUAAGUUACUUUCUAACUUGAGCAAAAUUGGCGAGGGCGAUAUUAAGAACAAUCAAUCACUUUUUUCUGGCCUUGACACAUUGAACACUUUACUUGAGCAAUCAAUAGAUAAGGCUCGAUAUAAGGAAGAAGAUCACAGUCCAUCAUUAUCUAAGGAAACUCUAGUAUCAAAAAAUUUCAGGAAAAACAGAUUUUCUAAGACUGCAAAUGGUUACUGUAUUGUGAACUCUUUUUUUGGGUUGUACUCAUCAGUCUCAUUGUUUUCGGGCCCUGGUUUAGCCUGGUUUACUGAUACAACUAUGAAACAUAACUCAGUUUAUGAUUUAAAUAUUUUUAGUGAGAAAGAACUCAAAAACUCUAUGCACUCACGAUUCAUGAAAAAUUUAGAAAAUUUUGAAAAGUUAAACGUUAUUUGGUCUGAAUUUUUAAGCCUAAAUGAUGUAUUGGGAUUUGAACUAGAUGAGAAAAAAUUUUCAUAUCUUAUUCAAAAGCACUACUCUGACCCUAAUAUCAAAUGUUAUGUUUCUCAGUCAGUAUUAACUAGUAUGGUAAAUGAUUUUUUCAAAGAUAGACAAUCGUGCUUUCUCCAAAGAAAAUUUCUAGUACUAUUUUCAUUUAUUGUUUCUGCAUUACCAUUAUCAUCAAGCCUGGAUCAAAAAUUGCAAACUGAUUGCCUUAGAAUUUGUAUAUUUAUUUUUAAACGUUCAAUGUUCAGUGUGAAGAAUAAUAUUGAAUUUCUAAUAGGCCUAUUACAGCUUUUAUCCUGUGGAGAAUUAAAAUUAUUUCCUGAAUGGUUUGAGUCUAUUCUAGCAGAAGCAAUAGAAUACGCAUUUAAGUUAGGAUUUAAUAGAAAAGAACUAUACGUUGGGUUAGCUGAGACUGAUGCAGAUUUGAGAAGAAGUAUUAUGUGGGACCUUUAUGUUCUUGACAAGAAAAAUUAUUUAUUUCAGAGUAGAAGGAUGUACAUAUAUGAUGAUGAUAUAUCAUGUUUAUAUCCAAAUUCCAUGGAAGCAAUAAUAUCUAUCCCGCCACAAUCUAUCACCACAAUAAUGCAGGAAAACCAAUUGUCAAACUACAUUGAAUAUUAUCAGAUAAAAUUAGCAAAAAUAGUCUAUAAGAUCCACAAUGAAUUUUUAUCAGCAAAUAGUUCUUUGAAACUUGCUAACGCUGAAACACUUGAUAAGAUAUUGACAGAAUUCGAAUGUUUGAGAGGCUCAAUGGUGUUGGAAUUAAUGCCUGGGUCAAAAAUUAUGAAAGAUACUUUUAGUAAACAGGAUUUUUGGAAGAUAAGUUCAUUUCAUUUACUUUUCUUUACUUAUAUAUUAUUUUUGAUUUCAAGCUUGAAAACACUACCAGAUAGGAAAAAACCUCAAUAUUCGGUAUAUUUUCAUAAAGCCACUGGAUAUGCAAUGCUGAUUUUACAAUUAUUUUUGGAUGUUAAGGAUAAUAAUGAGCAGCAGGUCCUUCCCGAAAUUUGUGGACCCGCAGUGGUAAGUGCUUUUGUCUUGAUUGAAAAAAUUACUCAGAGUCCUUUGGAUGCAGAAACCCCUAGAAUCAUUGAGAUAUUGUUGAAAUUUAGGAAGCAGUUGGCAAACUUUUCUUCAAGAAGUUGGAACCAUUUCGGUCAAUUCAUUGAUUUAUUUUUGGCACCGACAACGAAAAUAUUUAGAGAACUUUAUAAAGACGGAAUAAGUAAUGAAUUGGCUAAAUUGAUUGAUGAUCUUUUGCAAGAAAUUCCCACUGCUGAUGAGGUCCAAAAUAACCCAGAAGCUUGUGGCUUGAACAAUAAAAUUGAAAAUUUCAAGGAAAUUGAUUUUCACGACCAUUUUCUUUCAAUUUUCGAAUCCACAGAUCCUUUUUUUUUCUUACAACCUGGUUUCGAGGGCUAG